UCUGGCUCUCUUUGCUUCGCUCCUCCUCCAUUCUCUUCAGUCGGAAGUAGAGAGAGAGAGAGAGAGAGAACGUAAAGGGAGUGGGGAGCAGUGGAAGUUGGUGCAUGGACUCGGCGGGGGCAGCAGACACGUCCACGGGGGGCGAAGGGCCGUCCAGUGGCGGCGCGGGGAAGGCCGGGCCGCAGAGGGGGGCGGCGGCGGCGGCGCCGAGCAGGUACGAGUCGCAGAAGCGGCGGGACUGGAACACCUUCCUGCAGUACCUGCGGAACCACAAGCCGCCGCUGGCGCUGGCGCGCUGCAGCGGGGCCCACGUGAUCGAGUUCCUGCGCUACCUGGACCAGUUCGGGAAGACGAAGAUGCACGCCCCCGGGUGCGCCUUCUACGGCCAUCCUAGCCCGCCGGGGCCCUGCGCCUGCCCCCUGCGCCAGGCCUGGGGCUCCCUCGACGCCCUCAUCGGCCGCCUCCGUGCCGCCUACGAGGAGUCCGGCGGCACCCCCGAGACCAACCCCUUCGCGGCCCGCGCCGUCCGCAUCUACCUCCGCGACGUCCGCGAGAGCCAGGCCAAGGCCCGCGGCAUCCCAUACGAGAAGAAGAAGAGGAAGCGCGCCCCCGCCGCCGCCGGCCAAGCCCACCCCGCAGAGCCUGGAGGAUCAAGUAAUGGGGGAAUUGGACCUCACUAGCUAUAAAAUGAAGAGGAUUCAGUUGAUGCUCCUCCCUUGGAAAUGCGCAGAGCUUGGAGAACUUGCUGCAGAAGUUGAAAAUAAUUGAUGAAUUGCAACAUGGAAAGGCAGCAUAGUAAUCUCAAGGUAAGAAAUGAUUAUAUUCCAUGAAUACAGCUAAACAUAAAAGAGUCCAAAACCUUGUAUGCAUCAAUAUGACUUGAAUUUUCCAAGUAACUCAAGAGCAAUGUUCUUUUUCUUUUU